CCCAGGAACCUGAGAUGAACCUACUCCCGAAGCCUCGUACCGUUCUCUGAGUGGUUCUAUCUUUUAUCCUUCUUCUUCUCCUUCGUACCGUUCCCUGAGUGGUUCUAUCUUUUUUCCUUCUUCUUCUUCUCCUCCUCUCUACUCUCCCAUACAAUUUGGCUAAGAUUUUGGAGGUAUCUCCUUCGACGGCCAAGAUAAUACCGACGCCCUUCCCUGGAUUUCCUAUUGGCAUUUCGGUUUUGCUCCAGGAGAUCAUAUAGGUGUGACUGCUCAAACUGUUGGGUCCAGACUCCUUACAUGUCUUGGCUCUACAGUUCAGAGGUUUGCAACUAAUGGCAAAAGCAAAGCACAGGCGGCUGGCAGCAAUUGCCAGAAAUAAAGAUAAUGCUCCUGGUAGUCUUGUGGAUGCUUCGAUCUCUGGGACUGAUGAAGAAGAUAGUUGGGUGAUAGUCAAGAAGCAGAGAAUUACCAUCCUGGUUCCUCCUCUAUCAGCACCCAUUAAUUCUAAAACCAGAAGACUUCGAACAAAUAAAGUACAAUCCAAGUCCAAAAAAGCUGUUAAAUGCAGAUCAGUAGUUCAAGUUAGGUCUUCACAGGAUGGAUGGAAGACCGCCUCUGCUCUUGCUUCCACUGAGAAUAUUCAAAUCGAUGGAGGAAGUCUUGCCUCUCGACCUGAUCCUGAAAAGAAGAAAUUACAAGAGACUGCUACAACCAAAAGACUUCGAACAAAUAAAUUGCAAGUGAAGUCCAAGAGAACAGUCAAGUGUAGAUUGCUGGUUCCAAAUGAAACACAUCCUAGCAAAUAUUUAGAGGAUGGGUGGGAGAAGACGUCUGCACUAGCUUCCACAGAGGAUAUUCAAAUCGAAGGAGUAAGUCUAGACUUUCGACCUGAUUCCGUAGUAGAUAUGUUACCUCAGCCAGCUACCACAGCAAGGUUGGAUUUGCCGGAUUGGCUUGUUCAAGAAUCAUUAAUGCAACCACCAAGUUUAGAUUUUAUUUCUGAAGAACAUUUGCUUCGCCCACCCUUGAAAACAAUAGGGGCACCCAGAGUUAAUGAUGAUAAGAGGCAGCCAUCUUUUCCUUCAUAUGCUUGUGACGAACAUAUGUUUGGCACCUAUACACCAUUGAAAACAGUAGCAGCACCUACAGUUUCUGAAAAGAUUAAGCUGCCAUUUCUUCCUCCAAAUGCUUGUCACGAUGUGGUUGGCUGCCUGCUUAGGGGUUCACUGCAGAAUCGAAGCAUGCGGGCCUUGAACCUUGAGAGGAAGCUGGAAAGAGCUGGUGGUUUGAGUAGGUGGUUAGUGUCGCAGGGUCUGGGACAGUUUGUACAGAUCUUUCAGAGAAAAAAGAUCAAUAAAUUUCAGUUGGUGAAUCUAACCAUGAGCAAGCUCAAAGAUAUGGGUGCGGAUGCAGUAGGCCCCAGGCGAAAACUAAUACAUGCCCUUGAUUGUCUCUGUCGGCCAUACCACUUCUAAGAUGUAUAGAUGCACCAAUGAUUCAGAGUUGGUAGUUUUGCCUCCAGUUGGAUUUGAUGAACAGAAGAUGGACCGAAAAAGUUAAGGCUGCUGCUUUUUGAUGGGGAUUUGGUUUGUGAAUCAAAUAGCCUGUGCUCUUACAUGGAUUAUAAUCUGUGUAAGAAAAUACUUGAUUUUGAUACUAGAUUCAAUUAUGAUUCCUAGUUGUUGUUGUAACUACAGUAUUGGAGCCAUCUUGAUGGUUACUUGAUUCUAGUUUGAAAAGUUUGGAAUUGACUAGGAUUAUCAAUUUUGUUAUUGUUA